GCAAAUGUGUGUAUACAAAUACUGUAGUAUCUCGAUAGACCGGACACCCUUUAGUCCGGACACCUCUAUAAUCCGGACAUUGCUACUAUCCGGACAGUUUUAUAUUUUUUACUCUUUAAUCCGGACGCUACAAAAAAUGCAGACUUUUGUUUCUCUUUUCGCUUUGCUGUUAUGACUUUUUACUUUGCGUUGUGAGUUUUUGCUGCAGCACUUCGAAGAAUAUCGGUACUUUAACGAAAAAAUGUGCGUAUAUAUGUACUACAUACGUCCUUAAUGUAUUGCCAAUUAAGGUGUAUUUAUUCCAAGAAUAACAUUAUUCUCCACACGGCGGUGCACCGUUUGUUUAUUCAUAGUUCGUGAAGUGGCACAGUGACUGGACUUGCACUCAAUUUCUUUGUUAUUAAAAUGAGCGGCAGACAAAUAAAUAAAAGAGCUCAUAAAACCCUAUCUAUUCAGAAAAAAUGUGAAAUAUUAGAUCGCCUUGAUAAAGGAAAAUCAAUUAGAUACGUUGCAGAACAAUUUCGUGUAACAAAAUCUACUGUAUUUGACAUAAAAAAGAAACGUGAUGCUAUCGGAAAGUAUACGUACAACUGGACGGAAACCAGAAAAAAGGCAGACCAUGAGACUAGGAGAACAUCCGGAUAUGGAGAAGGCCUUAAUGACUUGGUUUGGAUUCAACACAAAGCAAAAUAUUUCUAUAAUCAAAUAACUGGCAAAAAUGAUUUUGGGGCAAGUUUGUGGUGGAUUUCAAAUUUUAAAGCACGACAUGGCAUACGGACAUUAAAAAUUUGUGGUGAAAAAGUAAGCAGUGAUGUUUCUGCAGUGAAACCAUUCAGGCAAAAAUUAAAAUCUAUUAUAGAAGAAAUGGACCAAGACCAUGACCAGAUUUAUAAUGCAGAUGAAUCGGCAGCCUUUUGGAAAGUUAUUCCACGCGCAAGAAAAAUAUGCAUCUGGUCGAAAAAUUUCCAAGGAUCGCGUAACUUUUAUGCCUUGUUGCAAUGCAUCUGGCACACAUAAGCUACGCCUUUUGGUAAUAGGGAAAUCAAUUAAUCCACGAUCAUUUAAAAAUUGCAAUGUGCCUCUAACUUAUAAAGCAACUAAAAAAGGUUGGAUGUCAACGUUCUUAUUUACUGAAUGGUACAGGAAAUAUUUUAUACCGGAUGUAAAAAUUUUUUUGCAAGACAAUAAUAGACCAUUAAAAGCUAUUUUACUAAUCGACAAUGCUCCAUGCCACCCACGAUCAGAAGAUAUUGACAUAGACACUAAUUUUCGAAUUGUCUUCCUUCCACCCAAUUGCACAGCAAUCAUACACCCUUUAGAUCAAAAUUUAAUUCAAAAUGUUAAAGUGUCUUACAGAAAACAACUUUUGAAUUAUCUUCUAAUUGAUAAUACAGAUAUUGGAAUUGCAUUAAAAAACUUUACGCUACGAAAUUGCGUCACACUUUUAAACAAUGCGUGGUUAGGUAUAUCACAGCAGAAUAUUGUACGCAGUUGGAACCAGUUGUUGUGUAGUGACCGACAAGAAUGGAUGGAGGAAGAUUUGAUACCUCUGGCUCAACUUACAGCCGCUAAUUCAGACAUGAAUGAAAUUCAUACCAUCAUCGCUUCAAUAAAUCUGGACGCUCAAGUUGAUACUCAAACCAUAAAUGACUGGGCCACUGGAAGAGAUGAAUUCGAAUACGAUUUUUCUGAUCGGGAAAUUGUGCGGUCUGUGUUAGAAAACGAUAAUAUUCAGGAAAAUGGUUCUGACUCUGACUAUAGCAUAGUUGAAGUGGAAAAUAAAAUCAGUAGUAGUGAAGGAAAAUGUAUAUUUUCCAAAGCGAUUCAGUGGGCAGAACAAAUUGACGCUUCGGCUGUGAACAUUUUAACUUUAAAACGCUUAAAGGAAACUGCGGAUAAAAUGUUUAUAGAAAACUCUAAACAGACCAAAAUUGAUACUUUUUUUCAAAUGCAUAACAAUUAAAAGUAUCCAUGUUUACAUAAAAUUUUAAUAAAAACUGAAUUUGAAUCAAAAAUGUAUGUUAAUUGUGUCAAAUUUCUUUCCCGAAAAUAACCAUUAAAAAAAAUAUCUAUAAUCCGGACACCCCCGUUAUCCGGACGACCCCCAACAUCAAGGGUGUCCGAUCUAUCGAGAUACUACUGUAUGUAAGUAUAAACUGGAAUAUUACCGUGCGAUUCUGUAACGUGAGACAGUCUCAAGUCUCUAAAUUUGAGAUUUUGAGUUAGAGACAAUUUUUGAGACUUGAGACGAUUUUGCUAUUCUGUAAGUGACAGUCACAAAAUCUAUUACAUUUCAUCAUUCAGAGAUGUUUUUACACUUCAAUGGAAAUAAAUAUGCCGAUAACAAAUAUUAAAUUUUCUAUAACAUCGUCAAAAAACAUAGUUAUCAAUAAAAAUAAGAAUAUAUGUUGACUUUGUUUCAUAAUAUUUACGAAAUUUAUGUUAAAUUGAUUUAUUUUUAACCUUUUCGUGUUUGAGCUGCUUACAACUGAUAAAAAUACGACAAUCGAUUAAUAUCUAUGAUGAUCUCUAUUCAGUAUAUUCAAAAUGGCAGACAAGAGCUCUUUUUAGUUUUGUGACCGGCUAACUACCAGGUCUCAAUAUUUUGAGACUAACGCUAGAGACUGUUUAGCGAAUAGUAACUAGUCUCAAAUUGAGACUUUGCCUCAAAAUGUCUCAAAUAGAGACUAGAGACUGGUUACAGAAUCCCGCUAUUAGUCAUACAUAUUUGCACACUUGCAUAUUAAAUUAAGAUGAACAUAAUACGCUCACUUGGUACUCCGUAUAUGCAUGUGCAUAUAUUGCCUUAAUUACUCCUUCCUGUGCUCCAGCUGGCUACCUCCUUGUGCUGUUGUUUUGUUGUAUGUAUAUUUGUUUUAAUAUUCGCGCCCGUUUGUUUCGCUUUUGUUUGUUUUAUUGGUGUUUUAGUUUUUUCGCGUCCGAUUUGAGUUUUAGCUAAUUGUUUUGAUUUUGAUUUUCGCGUUUAAAACUUUUAGCAUGCAUAUGACUUUGGUAUACUAUAUAUGUAUGUAUGUACAUAUGCAUCUGUUUCACUGCAGAUUUUCGCGAUCAAGUUUUGUUGCAUUUAUGUACUCUUUGUUUGUAUGUUGUUUCUUCUUUGUUUGCUGACUUUUAUUUGUAUAGUCAGGAAUUUGACCAUAAUAUGUGAAUUUGUCAAUUUGUGUUUUUAACGUUUCUAUGGAUUUAGUUUGUCUGUCACUGCAUUAUUUAAAUAUACAUAAGUAUGUAUUUUUUUUCUCAGCACUUUUUUAUUUUGUUUACGCCUUUGUUUUUGUAAUAUUUAUGAAUUGUUUUUUUCCAAUGUUCUUACUUCAAUCACUAGCACUUGAUAUGAAGUAAAUAAUAAAAAUAAAACUUGGUUGAUUUUAAUUAAAUUCAUAUUUUUUUUUUUAGAUCGGAAAAUUAGUACCAUGGACGAAUCUAUUUUAUUGUCCGUAACUGUAUAUGUUAAUACAUAUAUUUAGUGUGUCAGAAACUGUUUACUUUUUAUUACCGCACUCUUGGUUAUAUUGUGUAUACGUAUGAGAGUAUAUAUGUUUUUUUUUAUUAUUAAUUUUUUUUUUAUUAACACUGUUUUUGUCACCACAUGUUUGUUCUGUUUUAUUUUGUAUUUCUUAGAGUUUAGCUUUGUUUAAAAUCCAAAAGUGCCAUUCUGUAUGGCUCGAAGGACCAUGAUUAUUUUUUUUUUUUUUUUAUAAACAAAAAUACAUUUAUUUAAAAUAAAAGAUCAUAAUUUAAAACAUUUUUUUAAUUAAUUUCUUAUUACAAUUAUUUUACGAUUUUUAUAUGAUAACUUAUUGAUUUUUUUAAUUUUUAUUUAAACUAAUUUUAUUUAAAAAAGUUUGGA